AUGUUGGCUGAAAGGAGAAAUAAGGUUAUGAUGUUGGUUAGGGCUGAACAAGAUGAAGGCGUAGAGGAGGAUGAAAGUGUUAAAAUUAUUAGAGAUGUUUAUGUUAAUGUCCCUGAAAAGGGUGCACAGAAACAUCCUAGAGGAGAUAACAUUCAGGUUGGAAGUAGUGAUCUUAUUACAUAUGGUCUGAUACCCGAAUUUGUUGUAAGGUUUCCAAUUCUUGACAAUUUAUUAGCUCUUACAAAUCCUCAACUUGUCCAAGUGCUAACUGAUCCAAAGAAUGUGUUAGGGAAACAAUACAAUAAGUUAUAUCAGAUGAAUGUAAUUCCUGAUGAAAGAACAUGUAAAGAUCUGAUAGAUGAUGCGACAAACGUAGAUAGGGUGGCAGAUGGUGGAGCUAAGGCGGAAAUGGAGGUGGAGGCAGAGUUGCCUUCUAUUGCUGCCAUGUAA